AUGGUUCCACAUUGGAUCAUCCCUGGCUGUUGGGCGAUAAUCCUUCCUAGGUUUUUAGCGAGCGCAUCAUCAGGUAUGGGAGUGGCGUGGUUGUGCGGCGGCGAUCAAGGAGGAGGUUGGCUGGAUGUCACAGUUAUUCACCCAUGCGCGAGAGCGAUGGUGCUCUCGAUGCUUCACUCCAUCGCUUGGGCGGGGCUGGUCGUCGCUCUCGCCCGCGUCGCCGCUGCCAAGGAAAGGAAGAACAAGAGCGUGAGGAAGGCGGGCACCUUUGCCUUUGUCCAGGCCGCCACCAUGCUCCUCGGCGUUGCUCACACACUCGUCACCGCCUGGAACUGCCUGCGCUACUACCACCACGGUCGCGAUCGCCUCCUCCUCCACAGGCUCAUCUUCCCGCUCACGCAGGCCGUGGCAUGGGCUACGUCUUUGCUCCUCCUCGCUUACGAGGAGAGCCAUGGCUUGGCUCAUCACUUGGCUGUGCUCCGAGCGUGGUGGGCGCUCAGCUGCAUGUCUGGUUCCGUCCACGCUCUCUGCGGCCUCGUGUCUUGGAUCGUGCUACCGGAUCAAGGCGCCGGGAUCAUUCCAGGACUGGACUUGUUCACGGCGGCCGGGACCGCGCUGCUGAGCUUGGCAUUGCUGCUGGUCACUCCUCGAGGAGCUACUGGCUUGAGGAUGGUGGAAGCCAUUGACACGAAGGAAGCAUUGUUGGCGGGCGGUAGCAGUAACACUGGAGAUCCUGAGAGGGUGACGCGCUACGCGAGAGCGGGAUACGUGAGCAAGGCCUUGUUUCUGUGGGUGGAUCCACUUCUCAAGACUGGUAGCACGAGGACGCUUGAGGUGGACGACAUUCCCGAGCUCGCGGUGGAGGACAGGGCCGAGACGCUGUGCCAUGCCUUCGAGCUUAACUGGGCCAAGCAAGCGGAUCGCUCGGUUGCCUUGGCUCUCAUGCACUCGCGCCGCUGGCCUCUGGCUUUCACAGGCCUCCUGUACUUGCUCAAGGUGUCGGUCAUGUACGUCGGACCCCUGAUGAUCCAGCACUUCAUCGACUUCGCGUCAAAACCAGGUGGUCACUGGAGCCAAGGAGUCGGGCUGGUUUCGUUGCUGUUGGUUGCAAAGAUGGUGGAAGAGCUCACCGAGCGGCAGAGAAACUUUGGGACGAGGAAGCUCAGCUUGUCGGUCAGAUCGUCGCUGGUAGCGGCAGUGUUUCGCAAGAGCCUGCGUCUCUCGAACUCGGCCCGCCAGGAGCACGGCACGGGACAGAUCGUCAACUACAUGUCGGUGGACGUGGAAGAGAUUGCCAACUUCGUGCUCAACCUCCACAACCUGUGGAUCAUGCCCAUCCAGAUCGCCAUAGCUCUGGCCAUUUUGUUCCGGGUGGUCGGGGUGUCCACAGUCGCGGGGCUGGCCAGCAUGAUCACCUUGAUGGCAUUUUGCCUCUUCAUCUCGUCCCGGCAGCGCAAGUACUGGAAGCAGAUCAUGGCUUGCAAGGACGCUCGGAUGAAGGUGACCAACGAGGCCAUCACCAACAUGAAGAUCAUCAAGAUGCAGGCUUGGCAAGACUGGUUUCUCCGGCUCGUCGAGAAGGCCCGUGACAAGGAGCAAGUUUGGGCGUCCAAGAUUAUGUACAUCGGUGCCACCAGCAUUUUUUUCCUGUGGCUGUCACCGCUAGCAGUGUCGGUGGCGACGUUUGGAAUGUGUGUGAUCGUCGGCAAGGAGCUCACGGCUGGCCGAGUCUUCACGGCCAUUGCAACGUUUAGAAUACUCCAGGAUCCACUGCGAGCUUUCCCGUCCGUGAUAAUGGCCGGCUCCCAGGCAGCUACUUCUCUCACUCGGCUCAAGCGCUAUCUUGAGAGCGACGAGAUUGACGCUCUUGGUGUUGAGAGGCGGCCACCCGGCAUUGACAACGUCGCGGUGCUGCUGGAAAAUGCCACCUUCAAGUGGAGUUUUGAUGGGGACAAGCCCGUCCUGGACAAGUUGGAUGUCAGGGUCGAGGCUGGGAGCCUGGUCACUGUUGUUGGAACUGUGGGAUCUGGCAAGUCGUCCUUCUUGGCAUGCAUUCUCGGGGAGAUGGACAAAGUGUCUGGAACGGUAUUUUGUUUGUUUUUUGGUUUUCUUCUGCAUGGUUUGCAUCUGAGCGAUCGAUUGUUCUGCCAGGUAAAGGUGAGUGGACGAGCGGCCUAUGUUUCGCAGUGUCCUUGGAUCCAGAACGGAACGAUCCGCGACAACAUUCUGUUUGGGAACGCGAUGAAUUUGCAGCGGUACCGUCAGACACUCCAAGUUUGCUGCUUGCAAGCUGAUCUUGCUCAGUUCGUGGCUGGUGACUUGACUGUCAUUGGCGAGCGAGGAUUUAAUCUCAGUGGUGGCCAGAAGCAACGCAUUCAGCUGGCCAGAGCGGUGUACCAAGAUGCCGACGUCUAUCUGCUUGACGACAUCUUCAGUGCCGUGGAUGCACACACCGGAACAGCACUUUUCAUGGUAAUGAAGCAAGGCAGAGUUGUUCAGUCGGGUAAAUUCGAGGAGCUGCUCGAGCAUGGUGUCCAUUUCUCCGACCUUGUGCAAGCUCACCACCAAGCUUUGCAACUUGUUGACGUUGGCCAAGGCAUGACCGGGCCAGAGAAUGGCCGGGCUUUCGAUUCUGGUGACGACUUCCAGAUAUCUCAGUUCAAUGCUGAUGAAUCGGCUCAAGCGGAAGAUGUGGAGGAGGAGGAGAGAGCCAAAGGUCGAGUGGACGGGCGUGUUUACUGGGCUUAUGUCACGCAAGCAUUCGGAGGAUUUCACGUCAUUGUCUUUCUGCUGAUUCAGAGCGCCUGGCAAGGCCUACAGAUUGCAAGUGACUUCUGGCUGGCUCACGCAACCUCGGAUAAGAACAAGCCUUUCUUCCGGCCUCGCAAGUUUAUCCUUGUUUACUCACUGCUUGCCCUUGGCAGUGGGGUCUUUGUGCUAAUGCGUAGCACACUUAUCUCUUACUGCGGGCUGGUCACCGCUCAGAAGCUCUACCUCUCGAUGCUCAGGAGCAUUUUUCGGGCCCCGAUAUCAUUCUUUGACGCUACUCCGACGGGACGAAUCUUAACUCGGAGAUACUUUAUAGCCACAUCUAGAGAGCUGACGCGGCUGAAAUCUAUCACAGACGCUCCCGUUAUCCACCACUUCAAGGAAACCAUAGCUGGCUUGAUGUCAAUCCGUGCUUUUGGCCAUCAAGAGCGCUUUGCCAGGGUCAAUAUGGAGCGUAUCGAUAUCAACGUGCGUAUGAGCUUUCACAAUGGUGCUGCCAACGACUGGCUCAGUUUCCGACUUGAGACCAUUGGCAUUGUAAUACUUUGCUUCUCCGCUCUCUUCCUGGUGCUCCUUCCUAAAAGCUUUGUUAAUCCCGAAUUUGUUGGCCUUUCACUCUCCUACGGGCUAGCACUGAGCGGGUGCCUUAACUACAUGAUCUUCUACAUAUGCCAGAUUGAACAGAACAUGGUAGCCGUGGAAAGGAUUUUGCAGUUUAGCUCUAUCGAAGCAGAGGAACAAAGUGCUGGAAAGGACGCUGGUAGAAUAUCUAGUUCGCUUGGGAAAGAAAGGACAUGGUUUGUAUGGCUUUUGUUCUGCCAGCUUCGCUACAGACCAGGAUUGCCCCUCGUCUUGAAGGAUGUAACUUUCGUCGUCCAAGGGGGCGAGAAGCUCGGUGUUGUUGGAAGAACUGGCAGCGGAAAGUCGUCCUUCAUACAAGCUCUCUUCAGGCUGGUGGAGCCAGUCCAAGGCACCAUUUUCAUAGAUGGUAUCGAUAUCAGGAGCAUUUCUCUAAACGAUUUACGGUCGAGGCUGAGUAUCAUCCCUCAAGACCCGACACUGUUUGAAGGCACGGUGAGAAGCAACAUUGAUCCGCUUGGUAUGUAUCAAGACGAGGAGAUAUGGGAGGCUCUGGAGAAAUGCCAGCUUGCCGAGACCGUGAAGCAAUCCGAGUUGAAGCUGGGGGCUCAAGUCGCUGAAAAUGGUGAGAAUUGGAGCAUGGGACAGCGGCAACUUUUUUGCCUGGGGAGGGUGCUGCUCAAGAGGAGCAGAAUUCUGGUUCUUGACGAGGCAACAGCAUCCAUUGACACUCACACUGACUGGAUACUCCAAAAGAUAAUCAAAGAGGAGUUUUUGGGAAGCACGGUCAUCAGCAUCGCGCACAGGAUUCCCAGCGUCAUGGACAGCGAUAAAGUCCUUGUCCUGGACAAUGGAACAUCGAAAGAGUUUGCCUCUCCUUCCACGCUGCUGAGACGUCGCGACUCUUUGUUUGCCGGCCUCGUGCACGAAUACUGGAGUCGCUCCAAGAGCGCACAGAAUCUAACAGCAAUGAUCAGCUGACAUACAUUCCCUGGGACACGACUAGUUAGUCUGGCAUAUCAUGAAACGUGUGGGAAUUCCAUCAUUCCUUCACGUCUCAUCUUCUUCUGUGGGUCCUUUGCUUAUUAGGCACGCGCCAG